AGAAGCGCGUGAGCGUAUCAAAAACAUUCCAAGUACACGCAAUCCGAACGUCAUGGAUGUCGAUAACCUUAUUGGAAAUAUUCAGAGCAAUAAAAGAUCACCAAGAGAUUAUUACAUGAUUAAGUCUUUAUUAGACAAACGUCCGAGUGCCUUUUCUAACGAUGACUUGCGCAAGAUUAUUAUGGAACUUUGCAAACCCUCAAUAUAUGAAGAUCAUGUUGAAAUGACUACGGUUUUGUUGGAACUGAAUCUACGUGCCUUAUUAUCAGCAAUUCAAACAUACAAAAACUCUGGCGCAAUUCCCACUCGAAAGUUCCGCGAAGAAAUUUUUGUUAAACUCGCGGAAUUUGCGAACUUUCAUUUUAGCAACUCGAAUAAUGCUCUCAAUAUAAUAAAGAAAAACUUGCAUUUGGUAACUGAGUUUUUUGCUGAGAUUGAUAAUGACAUCACGGAUAGCAAACUAAAGAAGCUACUAAGGAAUAACAACAUUGAUUUCCUUCUAACUGUACUUCGUGACACAGUUCAAGAUAUGGAAGAUGAUGAAAACGUAAGCGCUGAAAUGUUGCGGAAAACAUAUCAAGCAACAACGCUUCUCCUAAAUAGUGUUCCCAAAUCAAUUGUUCCUAUUAAUAUU